AUGUCUUCCAUAGAUGAACAGAAACAUGUUGGUGUUGCUCAAAUGCAACAACUCCGAAAGUGUCAAAAAGUGCAGUCCCGCAGUGGACUGAUCACACUCCGCCAAGUUCCUUUCGGCAAUCAAACAGGCUGUGAUAGCGGCUUUGGCCACAAUCUCGCCAAAAGGUUAGAUUCGAAAGGUUUUCAUGUCUUCGCUACCUGUCUUUUUCCAUCAGGAGAUGGUGCAAAUGAGUUGAGAAAGUCGUGCUCUGACCGCCUUAAAAUUCUUGAGCUUGAUGUUAGAAAAGAUGAGAGCGUUGAUAAAGCAGUACAAUUUUUAAAGCAAAACCUUGGUUCCUGCGAAUUAUGGGCUCUGGUUAACAAUGCUGGUAUCGGAAAAACAUUCUGUGUUGAGCUCAGUCCGUUAUCUGACUUUCAAGAGUGUAUGGAUGUAAAUCUUUUCGGUGUAAUAAGGACAACAAAAGCGUUUUUACCUUUUUUGAAGAAGUCUAAAGGAAGGAUAGUAAAUAUUACAAGUAUAGCAGGAACAACAGCAGGUCCUCACGUAGCUCCUUACUUUGUCAGUAAAUUUGCUGUGGUUGGAUUAACAUAUGUUUUAAUGCAAGAACUAACUGAAUGGGGAGUAACUGUCAUUUCAAUUGAGCCAGAAAUGUUUAGGACUGGAUUAACAGACGUGAAUAGAUUAACUGCUGAUGCAAAUCCAGAAAAAUUUAGUGAAGAAUUGAAGAACUCAUAUGAUGAACAAUAUUUAGAAAAUUACAGAAAAUCAGCCACUAUAUUGUUAAAAGCAGCAUCUUCAAAUAUUGGAGCUGUAAUUGAUGAUUUGGAGUCUGCAGUAACCUUGCUAUAUCCUGAAUCAAUCUAUUGUCCAAGGAGACAUGAAUUGUUCCGGAUUCCCUUGUUUAUAUUUGUAUCAUUCCCACUGUCCAUUCAAGCAUUUAUUGUUAGAUGUGUUUUGUUUCUUUUAAGAUAUAAAAAACCAAAAUGUGCUCAAUAACACAUUCCUUUGAUAAAAAAAAAUAUGUAAUUUUUUCGGGAAAUAAAAGCUUAAACAAUUUUUUAAGUAUUAUAA